AUGAAGGCCUCAACUGUCCUCCUGUGUGUCUUUGCCGCUUUCGUGGCCGCCACUGAGGGCGAUCCCACGGUGGUUGACAGCAAUCCUACACCCACCCAAGCCCAGCGCACAGUCGCCCCUACCAGUCCUAUCAAGUUCUCCGACCUUACCCAGGAGGAGGCGCAAUUUGUCUUUCAGUACAUGAGGGAGCAGCUACAUCCACCAGUCCCGGGUACAGAAAUGCCCGGAGGUUGGAAGUGGCCAGCGAAGCGUGAGGAUUCCUCUCAGCCUGGGAUCGAAUUUGACCCUGAGCUGUCGAAACUUAUGCACAAAAUCGACACCUUGCCCAAGCCCCAAGGAAAGAUCAACCAUUACAUUGGAGAAAAAUUGGAAGUGAAGAAAGACUCGAAUGAGGAUGAGGACGACAGUGCUGAUGACGAGGGCACUUCUCCUGCUAGCCCCCUCGAGAAGAGGAAGCAAAACCCCUGCAAGCGUGGUUGCAGAGCUGAUGUUCAUUGCUGCCCUGGUGACAGGUGCUUCUAUGGAGUUUGCCUGGGCCCUCAGAAGCCGCCUCGUGAUGUCAAGCGUGAGAUCUACGAACGGUAUGCACCUGCGGAUGAGACGACGAAGUCAGGAGAGGAUGAUGAGAAUGUGGAUGGUACCCGUUUCGGAGAGCGGGACGACCGAUGCGCUCGUCACUGUGAGAAUAACAGCGCCUGUUGCAAGAGCGACAAAUGCGUCAUGGGUGUUUGCUUGGGUGCUGGCCAAUUCCCCUGA